AUGGUGAGCGUAAUCCGCGUGCUGCUGCUGGCAGCGAUCGAAGUGGGGCUGCUGGCGACGGCAGCGAUUGCAGCGAGGGACAUGAUGAGUGGAGCGAGGGGGGUGGUCCCUGGAGAGGCAGGCAGCAGUGCUGGUGGCAGCAGCGCCGGCGGGGCGGAGCAGCAGAUCAAGGGCGCACACAUUCUGGUGGCUGAGACCUUUGCUCACCACGCACCUCUGCCCGGCUACCUCGACCACAUCCCCCGCCGCCAGGCCCUCGCCACCAGUACGCGCUGCUGCUCCCCUUCACUCCUGCUCUACCCGCAUUGGUCUCUUUGUGCUGCUGCUCCCCUUCCUCCCACUGCUGUCAAUGCAACCCUUGCCUCUCAUUUCUCCUCUCCCCGUGGCUCUCACUUCUUUCAUCCCCUUUCCUCCAUGUCUCUGCUCCCCGUGCCUCUCAUGUCUCUGCUCCCCCUGCCUCUCAUGUCUCUGCUCCCCGUGCCUCUCAUGUCUUUGCUCCCCGUGCAUCUCAUGUCUCUGCUCCCCGUGCCUCUCAUGUCUCUGCUUCCUUUUCCUCCCCCUGGACGAUGUGAAUGGUUGUGUCGAACCCACUGCUCCCUCUCUCCAUCCCAAUUCCUUUCUUCCAGCGACCAAUGCCCAACAGUGACGGCCAGAAUCCUUAACUCGUUCUGUUUUCCUUCCUCACCUCCUUCCCCCCUCCCUCCUCUCAGCAUGUGGGGGCAUGACGGUGACGAUCGGAAUCCUUACAUUUUUCUGUUUCUUUUCCUCCCCUACUCCCUCGCCUGCAGCAUGUGGGCACACGACGGUGACAAUCUGGUCACAGCACCUGGGGCCGUACGACCUGCACAACCUAGCCCCACUUCUGCUCCCUCCCUCCCGCUUACCCCCAGCCUUCUUCCCCCCUCCUCUCUGUCCAGCGUGUGGGUGCACGACGGUGACGAUCCGCUCGCAGUACCUUGGGCCGAUCUGCGCUUCGGCAACGGCAACAGCUACUCCAUGACCAACACCACCGAGUGCCAGACUGCUGCCGUCAUCUAG